UGAGUAUAGUAUGAGUAUGUCUGUGAAUGUAUAUGUGCAGAUUAGGGGUAUCGAAACUACCUGCCUACCUGCCUGCCUGCCUGUCUGCCUGUCCUUGAAUCCAGUCCGAAACUCCUGGUCGGUGAAUUGGGUGGAUGUUUGUGUUUUGUGUUUGAUACGGAUGCCAGGCUAUGCCAGUGCUCAUGCUCAUGCCUAUGCCCAUGCCUAUGCCAGGCCAGUCCCGUCUCGUCUCGUUUCGUGUGGUAUGUAUCCUAUUUCCUGUCUCUAGUGUCCAGCGUCCCAUAUCCACUGUCCAGUCUCUAGUGUCCCCUAUCCAGUGCCCACUAUCCAGUGCCCACUAUCCAGUGCCCACUAUCCAGUGUCCCAUAUCCAGCGUCCCUAUCCAGUCUCCAGUCUCCACUAUCCAGUCUCCAGUCUCCCAUAUCCAGCGUCCCUACCCAGUGCCCAUUCUCCAAGACAUACAAAAUAUACAAAACAUACAUACGUACAUACAUACAUACAUACAUGUAUACAUACAUGCAUAUACGCACGCAGUAAACCAACCCUCCUCCGCCCACGGUGUUUCUUAGUGCCGCAAUUCACCGCAAAGAGACAAGACUCGCGAGAUAUACAAAAAGACCCGAGCACCAGGACGAAAGUUUCUCGUUUGACAAAUGGCUUUCCUUCUUGCUUGCUUGUUGACUGCUGACUGCUGCGUGCUGACUGCUACCUGCUGUGUACUACCUACUCCCUACAACCUACUACCUACUCCCUGCU